AUGCUUAUUGCGUACUGGGCGAAUUCAUGCCCAACUGUUCUGUUUUCUCCUUCAUUGUUCCACUCAGGAAACUGGAACCCCUCAGGCCCCCCCAUCGCCCUUGUCCUGCGCAGUUCGCAGAAUGCCAUGGCGGAGGGAACGGCGCCGAGCCAAGCCAUCUGCGCCCUGGCACGGUCCAGGGCAGCGGUGCUGUGGCCACCCUUGGCAAUGCUGAUCCUGGCCGUGCUUAUCGUGAUCUCUCACAUCCUGGCAGUGCUCAGUGGGAAGUGCGAGGUCUUAGAGGCCGGUAUCCAACGCACCGCCUACGUCGAGGAAAUCAGCAUCACCACUCGAAAGCCGCCUGAGAGCUACAUUUGGACACUAGGUGUGGCCGUCACAUGGGUGCUUUUCCUCCUUCCCAGCACCUUCUUUAUUCACCUGGCCUUCUUCCGGCCGAGCAGCUCGCGCCUCCGCACGCGCCUCCGCACGUGGCUGCGCUGGGGCUUCUUGGGAAUAUCGGAGGCCUUCUUCGUGCUAGCGUCACUGGCGCUCGUGGGCCUAGCCACAAUCACGCAUUCAGGGACCAUUCUGGAGAAUCAGCACCAGAUCCCGGAGGGAGGUCUGAUCCACCAGCAACUCUCCAUCCUGUUUUUCCUGGCCUCCUUUCUCUCUGGCGGUUUCUUUCUGGCUGCCCGCGCCCUCCAGUGGCGCAGUGCCACGAAAUGGGAGCGCAGGUCCUUUUGGCUGAAGCUAGCGGUGCUCAUUUUCUUGAUCCUUUGUGUAUCACAACUGGUCCCCUUGCUCAUCCUGGAGUUGAUUCCGCCCUUGCGCAGUGGUGAGGAGGUCCGGGCCAAGAACUUGCGUGGCUUGACGCAGAGGCUCUCAGUGCUGGGCAUUAUGGUCUUUACCGCCAGCUAUGCCUGGGAUAUCAAGGGCAUGCAAGAACGCCUGAAGUACCAAGAGGAAGCAGCGGCAGUGGAAGAAGUGAUCACGGUAGAAGGGUGA